GCAGAGCUUCGUUCGUGAGCGGGAAACCAGACUAAUUUAUACCACUGUGGUGUAUUGUCGAAGAAAGCAUAAUGGCUAUAAAUUGGUUACUCUUGGUGAGCCGGCAAGGCAAAGUUCGAUUGACGAAAUGGUUCGUCACCAUCCCACCCAAAGAAAAAGCCAAAAUUGUUAAAGAUGCCACACAAAUGGUACUAGCAAGACGAGUAAAAAUGUGUAACUUUCUGGAAUAUAAAGACCAAAAGAUCGUUUAUCGAAGAUACGCAAGUUUGUUCUUUGUCGGUGGUAUCAAUCAAGAUGACAACGAACUUAUUACACUGGAAAUUAUACAUCGAUAUGUCGAGAUCUUGGAUCGCUAUUUUGGCAACGUAUGCGAGUUGGAUUUGAUCUUUAACUUUCAAAAGGCAUAUUUCAUUUUGGAUGAAUUACUGAUCGCCGGCGAACUUCAAGAAUCCAGCAAGAAAUCAGUCCUUCGCGUCAUCACUCAACAAGAUCAGUUUGAGGAACAGGAGGUGAAUGAACAAAAGUCAGGAUAAAGCCCCAACCCGGGGGGAAAACAGAUACAUGGAGAACAGCGCUAUACCAGAAGGAAAUAAACCGCGAAUCAUUUUAGUGUACUA